AUGGGGAGAGGUGACGUGAACCGCCGCGGCGACGAUCGCCGUGGGGGACCGCCGACGGAUCGAAGAGACGACCGCGCGCGCGGGAGCGGCGCGAGGGACUUGCCGCGCGGCGGGGGCAACGAGCGUGAACAGCGCGGUGCGUUGCCACUGGUGCCGAGAGGAGACCGUGAGCGAGGCGGCGGCGCGUCAGCGGAGGUGCGCGUGUCGACGCCCGACGGGGCGACUCGAGUGGACGAGCCCUCGCCGACGCCGCGGCCCGCGGCAACGGAGCCGAUGUCGGACGAGGAGUUCGAGACGGAAUCGAAAGUGAUGAUCGAGUACUUCUUCGACGACAAGGACGUGGCAGAGGCGGUGAAGACGAUGAAAUCCUGGGCCGAGUUUGAACGCCGAGUCCCGACGUUCGUGGAGUCGUUCAUCACGUCUGGGUUCGAACGCAGAAACAUGGACUGGGAAGCCGCCGCGAAGCUGUUCCGCGCGCUCCCCACCAGCGUGGACGGUCCGGCAUCGCCGGGAUCGAUCAUGCUCGGCGUGAGAGCGGUGCUCGAUAACCUCGAGGACAUCAUGAUGGACUUUCCGAUAGCGGACGAGUGCCUCGCGAGGAUCCUCGCCGGCGCCAUCGCGGAUGGGUCGCUGACAUUCAAGUCCCUUGCAGACCACUGUGGAGACGCGGCUCCGCGCGAAGACGGCGUCGAGCCAGGGUACGUCAGGCGAGAAGGAUACGCUCUGUCGCUGCUCGUGAAGACACUUCACGCGGUCGCGCGUCUCGGCGGCGACCCGGUCGCAUCCGACGCCCUGAUCGGAAGCGGCGUCGACUUGAGAGACUUUGUCGGUGACCUUGACGCGGAGAACGUGGAGACGAAGGAAAACGUCCUCCGGGACAACGACCUCGCGAAGUACGCGAACGACGCGAUGACGAUCGUUCGCGAUACGCUGGACGCCUAUAAGGAGGCACCAGUCGACGUGGCAUCGUGCGUCGCCGCGCUCGAGAAGAACGUGCCGCCGCGCACGCGAGCGUCCGCGGCGUUCGUCGCCGAGGUGUCUGCGUUCGCGCUGCGCGCGGCAAUUCCGGACGCGCACGCGUUGGCGACGGAAGGGCCUCUCGCAUCGCUCGAGAAGCUCGCGCCUUUGCUGCGCGCGGUCGUUGCGGGAAAAAACCUCCCCGACGCGAGCGAGUGCGCGGUUACGCGAGAGCAGCGCGAGGUCGCGACGCUGCACGCCACGCAGGCGUUCAUCGCGGGCGCCAACCAUCCGAGUGGCGUCCUCGAACGCGUGUUUCGGGAUUUGUACAACUGCGACGUCUUGGACGCGGCGGCGAUUCUUCGCUGGCGCGACGACGCAUCACCGGCCAGCGCAAGAGUACCGGGGAAGGAUAAGGCUCUCUUCGCGGUUACUGAGUACCUGUGCGAGCUCGAAGAAGAGGAUAAUGGCGACGAGGCAUGACGCGCAUCGAUAGCCGUACUUUUGACUGAGAAACGUUCGUUGAAAACAAAAAAAUCGUGCUACCUGUACCUGUACAGUACACGUACAGUACGUGUACACGUACUGUAGCUGUACGACUGCUGUACGUGUACAGCUGCACACGUAGCCCUACAUACGUGUACUUGUACGAAGGUACUUUCGUACGAAAGUACUUUGUACUUCAUUGCGAAGGUACACAGCUACACACUACCUUCGAAGGUACGAAGGUACUAGCUACCUUCGAAGGUACCUCCGAAGGUAGUAGCUAGCUAGCUACCUUCGUACUUUCGUACGAAAGUAGUAGACUAGCUAGUAGCUAGCUAGCUACCUUCGUACCUUCGUAGAGUACUUUAUUUAUGUACUUCCGAAAGUACUUUCUUCCGGAAGGUAUGUGACUAGCUGACUACAGUACGUGUACGUCUAGAGUAGUACUGUCGGUUUGAUUUAUAAGACUGAGCUCUAACCCA